AUGGAAAACUUCCCUAAUCUUCUUCACCAACAGCUUCCUGCCACCAAGAGGAAAAUAACGGCGUUGUCACAAUUGUUGACGGUCAACGACUUACCAGACGAGAUACUAACUCACAUUAUCUCUUUUCUCACAUUCAAAGACGCUUUCAGAACUACCAUUCUUUCUAAGAGAUGGUUCCCAUUAUUCCACACACUUCCGAUUCCCCACAUCGACGACAAAGAAGUGAAAAACGGAAAGGAUUGGAUUCACUUUCGUCAAAUGUUGGAUGUUGUAAUGCUCUCCCCACCUGCGCAACUACAAACCCUCAAAUCUUUUCAUCUAACAUGUGGUUCGAAACUCUGGGGGACUUAUUGUUUCGGUUUUAACGACUGGAUAAAAGCAGCAAAACAUCGUGGUGUUGUGGAUCUCUAUCUAAACUUGUUACACGUCCCUUUGGCCCCAACCAUUUUCCAUUGCAAAACACUUGUGGUUCUAAAAUUAAAGAAUUUACGUGUAAACACCAUGUUUCGUAGUUCGGUUCAUCUUCCUAUGCUCAAAAUCCUUUGCAUGUGUUCUGUUCGGUUUGAAGAUAAGAAGGAUCUCAUGAAACUUCUGUCUGGGUGUCCUCAAUUGGAGAAUUUGAAAACUAGAUAUACUAAAGCAUUGACAAACUCCAUGUUGAAAAAGGCCAAAACUAUAAAUUUUAAACCCUUAUCCAAGUUGAUCAAGGCCAAAAUCCAUUUAUUUGAUAUUCCGUUCAGAGCAGUUUAUAAUGUCGAGUUUCUAACAGUAUUAGAGAUGGGGAAAUUUGUUUCUUUUGAUUUACUCAAUUCAUAUUACAAAGGCUUUCCCGUGUUUGAAAACUUAAUUCAACUUCAGCUAGUUUGGUUUUAUGAUGCCAUUUAUGAUUGGGGUGAGAUAGUGAAAAUGCUCGAGAAUUGUCCUAAACUUCAAACUCUCUCCAUUUCAAAGUGGACGAAGUUUGCAAAAACCAAAGCGGAUUGGAUAUACCCAUAUCAUGUUCCUCAAUGUGUUUCCUCUCAUCUUACAACAUGUAAUAUCAUACACUAUCAAGCUGUGGAAGCUGAUUUCCGAUUUGCAACCUAUAUAUUGAAGAAUGCAAAACUGUUACAGGUUAUGAAUAUUUCCCAUACUAGUUACUCAGCUUCAACGGAGAGCUCCCAUUUUUUAGAAGAUUUAUCUUCCUGUCCUAGGAUCUCUCGUGUUUAUCAACUUGUUCGUUUGUCUGCUGUCAAUUUCAUCUUCUGCCGAGGGCUUUUUGAUGUCGUGUCUGACCGGAAAUUUGUGUUUGGCCGUUUUAACUUGCAAUUAGCUUUUGUUCUUUUCUGUGUUGUUGAUUUUGAUUUGGAUUUUUGCAGAUUCUUUAUAUAUUUUCUUGCUCUAAGUCUUGUAAAUCUUGUAUAUGAUUUAGAGCUAUCAAUUGCUGGAAGUGUUUGGAAAAGAUAA